UAUUUUCUUAAAAUUUGUUAUUGCUUUGGUCUGAAAAUCUAACUUAUUAUUAUUAUUAUUAUUAUUAUUAUUAUUAUUACAGAACAAUUAUUAUUAAUUUAGAUUUAGAUUUAGAUUUAGAGUUUAGAAAGAAAGAUUAGAUGAGAUGCAAAAGUUGAUUUGAGAGAAAGAGAAAAUGGUGGAAGUUGACCUUCCUUUGUUCAGCUACGAAAGUCCAAAAAGGAGCUCUAAACUCUCAAAACUAAGCUAAGAAGAAAACCCAGAAACUGAAUCAUCACAUCAAAUCCAUUCUAAUUGUAAAGAUUGAAUCUUUUUUGAUUUGGGAGUAUGGAAAUGGAAUUGGGUUGGCGAAGCAGGGUUGAAGAUGCGGCCAAGUCUAAGCCUCUGUUUGUUACAAUCUAUGCCACUGUCAUCAUUGGCGUUCUCAUCUCCUCUUUCUACGUCUUCUCCGCUCUCUACUCUCCUAAUAAUUCCACUUCAUUCUCUUCUAUUUCUCUUUCAACUACUCCUGUGCCUGUGGCUAUAGAUUCUUCUCAACCACCACCGGUACAACAAGAUGCACUGCUGCCCAAGGACACUCCAGCCAUACCUCAAAAGCCUAUUUGGGAGCCUCCACACACUGAAAAAAUGCCACCUUUGGAUCAUUUUAGGCUAACUAAGGAGCUUGUUCAGCAAAGGGUCAAAGAUAACAUCAUUAUAGUCACCUUUGGUAACUAUGCUUUCAUGGAUUUCAUUCUCACUUGGGCUAAGCACUUGUCAGAUCUCCAAGUUUCUAACUUUCUUGUUGGUGCAAUGGACACCAAAUUGUUGGAGGCUUUGUAUUGGAAAGGGGUUCCUGUAUUUGACAUGGGCAGUCAUAUGAGCACUGUAGAUGUUGGAUGGGGUUCACCCACAUUUCACAAAAUGGGCAGAGAGAAAGUUAUUCUCAUUGAUUCCAUCCUUCCUUAUGGUUUUGAGCUGCUCAUGUGUGAUACAGACAUGGUUUGGUUAAAGAACCCUCUUCCUUAUCUUGCCCGUUAUCCUGAAGCAGAUGUUUUGACUUCCAGUGAUCAAGUUGUACCGACGGUUGUUGAUGAUAGCCUUGAUCGUUGGCAACAAGUUGGGGCUGCCUACAAUAUUGGAAUUUUCCACUGGCGGCCAACAGACUCUUCGAAAAAAUUGGCUGCAGAAUGGAAAGAAAUGCUUUUAGCUGAUGAUAAAAUUUGGGAUCAGAAUGGUUUUAAUGACCUUGUCCACAAGCGGUUAGGACCAUCGGUUGAUGAAGAAAGUGGCCUUGUGUAUGCUUAUGAUGGAAAUCUCAAGCUAGGAAUUUUACCAGCAAGCAUAUUCUGUAGUGGACAUACAUAUUUUGUUCAGGCUAUGUAUCAGCAACUCAGAUUGGAGCCCUAUGCUGUGCAUACAACAUUUCAGUAUGCGGGCACAGAUGGAAAGCGUCAUAGACUACGUGAAGGCAUGGUCUUCUAUGAUCCGCCUGAAUAUUUUGAUACACCAGGAGGUUUCUUGUCAUUUAAGCCAUCUAUUCCUAAGAGCUUAUUGCUUGAUGGGGAGCAUACUAUUGAAUCACACUUCACUCUUGUUAAUUACCAAAUGAAACAAAUAAGGACAGCUCUUGCAAUUGCUUCUCUUUUGAAUCGCACACUGGUGAUGCCUCCAUUAUGGUGCAGGCUGGAUAGGCUUUGGUUUUCACACCCUGGAGUUUUGGAGGGCUCCAUGACUAGGCAACCUUUUAUUUGUCCUCUAGACCAUGUCUUUGAGAUAAAUGUAAUGCUCAAAGAACUACCAGAGGAAUUCGGUCCCGGGAUAGACAUUAGAGAAUACUCUUUCUUUGAGAACCCAUCAUUGCCUAAACAGGUAAAAGAUUCAUGGCUUGAUGUUCAACUUUGUGAAGAAGGAAGUCAAGGUUGUGCAUUGAAUCAAACAAGCCGACCGGGUGUACUCAAACUUCCAAAACGAACCAACGAAGAAACGCUGAAGAUGGCAUUAUUGCCGUUCAAGGAUGUGAAAGUUAUUCAAUUUUCGACAAUGCAAGAUGCGUUCGCUGGUUUUACAGAUCAGACGAGGGAAGAGAAAUUCAGAAGACGUGUGAAGAGAUAUGUUGGGAUAUGGUGUUGUGUGAUGGAUCAUACACCAGGUCACAUAUAUUAUGACAUUUAUUGGGAUGAAAAGCCUGGAUGGAAGCCAAUUCCACCUCAAACACCUCAGGAUGAUCAUCCACCUACCUAACCUCACUUAGACUCAUUCCCAUUCUCAUUCUUUAGUUUUUGAUAUUUAUAAUUAAUAAUAGCACAGAAAAUAUGAGCACAAGGUUUUUGGUUGGUUAUAAUAGACUUUAGUUGCUCUCAAAGUCCAAAUCAGAGGGUGUUUUUGUACAUGUAAAACAGCAGAGUUCCCCCAUUAUUCCUACCCUUUAUUUCACAAACUAACUAAACUUAUUUGAUGAGGCCACUCUUUUUGUUGUAACGCUAUUUUGUUUUUACUCCAAUAAAAUAUACAAGGCCAAUAUGCUUAAUGGGUCAGUUUUCUGA